AAUACCAAGAAAGAAGAAGAAGGAAGAAAAAGGAAGAGAAGAAGAGCACCACCACCACCAUGGCCCUUACGGACCUAUUCACCGGAGAGAUAGCCUCCGAUCUCUGGAAAAUGCUCAUCACAAUUUCCCGAAAGGCCCUGCGCUGCAAGUCCAGCGCGGAGCAACUCAUCACCUACGUGCGCGAGAUUCUUCCCACCAUCGAGGAAAUCAAGUACUCCGGGGUGGAGCUUCCGGCGCCGAGGCAGUCUCAGCUGGACCGCCUGUCGGAGAUUCUGCGUUCCGGCGUGGAGCUUUCGCACCAGGCGCUGUCCUCCAGCCGCUGGAACGUGUACCGGAACUUCCAGCUGGCGAAGAAGAUGGAGAAGCUGGAGAAGCACGUGACGAGGUUCCUGCAGGUGCCCAUGCAGGCGCACAUACUGGCCGACGUGCAUCACGUGCGGUUCGAGAUGGCGGAGCGGUUCGACCGGGUGGAGGCGUCGAACCGGCGGAUGGAGCGGUUUCUGGAGGAGAUGAAGAUCGGAGUGAACGGCGGUGGGUGGGUGGAGGAGGCUGUGAAGAGCAUGCAGGAAGAUGAGACGUGGGUGGAAGGUUGUAACGGGAAUAACGGUUUCGGUGUUGGGUUGGAUUUCGGGAAGAAGAAUGUUAUGGAGAUGGUUUUCUCUAAUAAUGAUGCUGAUUGGAUUGUCGGGAUUUGUGGGAUUGGUGGCUCCGGGAAAACCACCCUUGCCAGAGAGCUCUGCAGAGACGACCAAGUCCGAUGUUAUUUCAAGGACAGGAUUUUGUUUUUGACCGUGUCACAGUCUCCGAAUGUGGAGCAGCUGAGAGCGAGGAUCUGGGGACACAUCAUGGGCAACCAAGGCUUGAAUGGAAAUUACGAGGUUCCGCAAUGGAUGCCACAGUUUGAGUGCAAAGGGGAAGCUCAAGCUCUUGUUGUUCUUGAUGAUGUGUGGUCUUUCUCCGUGCUGGAGCAGCUUGUGUGGAAAAUCCCUGGCUGCAAAUUCCUUGUGGUGUCUCGAUUCAGGUUCCCAACAUUCUUUAGUGCCACUUAUCACGUGGAAUUGCUGGGUGAAGAGGAUGCCCUCUCUUUGUUUUGCCACCAUGCUUUUGGACAGAAGUCAAUUCCUUUGGGUGCUAAUGUGAGUUUGGUGAAGCAGGUUGUGGCUGAGUGUGGAAAACUUCCACUGGCUCUGAAGGUGAUUGGAGCUUCUUUGCGAGACCAGAAUGAAAUGUUUUGGCUGAGUGUUAAGAGUAAUCUGUCUCAAGGUCACAGCAUUGGUGAGUCCUAUGAGAUCAAUCUGAUUGAUAGAAUGGCAAUUAGUACAAACUACCUGCCAGAAAAGAUCAAGGAGUGCUUCUUGGACCUGUGCUCUUUCCCUGAGGAUAGAAAGAUCCCUCUCGAAAUUCUAAUUAAUAUGUGGGUUGAAAUCCAUGACAUUCGUGAGGCGGAAGCAUAUGCCAUUGCGGUUGAGCUUUCGAAUAAGAACCUUCUAACCUUAGUGAAAGAAGCACGUGCCGGGGGCAUGUAUAGUAGCUGCUUUGAGAUUUCUGUGACUCAGCAUGACACACUGAGAGACCUUGCUCUUAUAUUGAGCAAGCGCGGGAGCAUUCAUGAACACAGAAGGUUGGUCAUGGCACAACGAGAAGAAAAUGGACUACUCCCAAGAGAAUGGUCAAGAUACCAGGACCGACCCUUUGAAGCUCAGAUUGUUUCAAUCAACACAGGGGAAAUGACAGAAAUGGAUUGGUUUGAGCUGGAUUUUCCCAAGGCUGAAGUGUUGAUAAUCAAUUUCACGUCCAGUGAUUACUUUUUACCUCCCUUCAUCAGUAAGAUGCCAAAUUUGAGGGCACUGAUAAUAGUAAACUACAGUACCUCAUAUGCUCGCCUUCACAAUGUUUCAGUUCUUAGGAAUUUGACCAACUUGAGGAGUCUCUGGCUAGAAAAGGUUUCCACCCCUCAGUUGUCAGGCACUGUCUUGAAAAACUUGAGCAAACUAUUCGUAGUCCUCUGCCAGAUUAACAACAGUUUGGAUGGAAAACAGUUCCCUAACCUCUCUGAGCUGACACUUGAUCACUGUAAUGAUCUAACAUACUUGCCCUCAAGCAUUUGUGGAAUAAAGUCACUCAGAAACAUGAGCCUCACAGACUGCCACAAUUUGUCUGAACUACCUGUUGAAUUUGGCAAUCUAAAAUCUCUAGAGAUCCUCCGUUUAUAUGCUUGUCCUGAUCUAGAAACACUUCCUCCUAGCAUGUGUGAAAUGAAGAAAUUGAAGUACAUUGACAUUUCUCAGUGUACUAACCUCACCUGCUUCCCUAAAGAGAUUGGUAGAUUAGUAAGUUUAGAGAAGAUUGACAUGAGGGAAUGCCCCAUGAUUAGGUAUUUACCAAAGUCUGCAGUGUCAUUACACUCUCUGCAGCUUGUAAUUUGUGACGAGGAGGUGUAUGGUACAUGGAGAGAUGUUGCUGAGAUGGCCAAGUCAAAUGUUCACAUUCAAGUACCAGAACAACACUUUGAUCUGGACUGGCUUCAAGAAUGAAGCAUCACUCCCCCCAAUUCAUUGUAUAUACUUGUUCAUAGUAAAAGGAAAUUUUCUCUUUUUCCACAA